AUGUCGCGCUGGUUGGAGCUGUUCGCCGUGCUGGCGGUCCUGGGCGCCGCGGCCGCCGACACGCCCGCCAACUGCACCUUCGAGGACGUGGCGGGAAAGUGGACCCUCUGGGAGGGUCCCCGCGGCGUCAAGCCUGGAGCCAGCUGCGCUAACCACCAAGGACCAUGGGAGCGCAAGGUUCGGGUGACCCUCUUGUCCCCCAACAAGGUCGUCGACCAGUUCGGCAACGAGGGCACCUGGACCAUGGUGUACAACCAGGGCUUCCACAUCAACGUUAACGGCAGGAGCUACUUCGGCUACUCCGCCUUCAAGAAGGAGGGCCAGAAGGUGACGAGCUACUGCCACAAGACCGUCCCCGGUCUGGCGCACGACGUGAACAUCCGCCACUGGAGCUGCUUCUACGGGCAGAAGUCUGGCAGCAAGAUGCUACCCAAGAUCCACUUUGACCCCUUCCACCCUCAAGGACUGCAGGCCGCCCACCUCAGCAGGGCCCACCACGAGCGCGUGGUGAGCGCCGUCAACGCCCGCGCCCGCUCCUGGAAGGCCGAGCUGCACCAGCCCUUCGCCGGCCUGGGCGUUGAGGAGAUGCUCCGCCUGCGCGGAGGAC